AGCGGGGAGUGAGCGCAUCACAGGAUGGCUGCCAAUCCACAGGAAGGCAGGUGCAGCAAGCAGCUCUGGCCAAGGCGGCGCGCAGCCGAGCGUGCCGGGAAGCGCAAAUCAGACCAUCUCAGUGCCCAUGCUGGGUGCUUAUGAGAAGAUGACUGUGGCGGCUUCCCUGGUGGGCGCGUUUGCCGGAGGCGCUGCAGCCGGCCCUCUGGGCGUAUCAGUGGGCGCCAAAAGUGGAGCGCUUUUGGUGGCAGCAGGGGCUGGCAUCUGUGGUGCUGCACAGCACUGCUACGCACAUGGGCUGCCUGUCGCCAGCAUGGGCUCCUCACUGUCUAAUAUGGGCGCUGGCCUGCUGUCGAGUGUUUCCAGAAGAGACCCAAAAGCACCCGCAUCAGCCCAGCAGGGCAGUAUAGAUCCUGCAUUGCACACUGGCCAGCCGACAGGUGGCGUCCUAGCAGCUCGGGGAGAUGAUGCAGAUGUCACAUGCAUGGAUAGGGUUUCUGGCGCACCAGCUUCAUCUUCAGCAGAGGUGGCCACAAAGGCCAUGCAACCCGCUAGCAUUUGGUUUCCCACUCUGUCUGGGCUCGGGUCCAGCUUGCGGCCCCGUACAGAUGGGAAAUCAGCUGCGGAUGUGUCAAAGGAGCCACAGGCAACUAGUGGAAGCACUGACAGUCUGCCCACCAGUUCCAGUGCCUCUCAGCAGCUUACACCAAGGCGCAGCCAAGAUGCUGACCACACAUAAUGCACGUGUGCCAGUAAACUCAUAUGCGGCUGCUUUGAGAUUUUUAACAAGUCCUGCUCACAUUGACCUACGCAUGUCCUACUGUUUUGAGGUGUACAGUACUUUAUGCGCACCAGGAUUUCGCUUGCUGUUGUGCCUGUCAAGCUGUACAUCGUGUACAUCACAUUUCUUGUACUUAAUUGCCAGUGUAUAUCAGAGUUUCACAUGUUUUUCUGUCGUUCUUGUCGGUCGUGCUUUCUAGAUGUACAGUAAUGUAAGGUAUGUUUGGUCACCGGAAUGAUUACAGUGUCAGUAAGAUUGUUGGCUGCUUGUAACAUUUAAAUCUCAGAC